UUUUAUGUUGGUGACUAUGCUUAAAAUUUGGUUUGUCUAGCAAGAUGGAUGAAAUUGGUAUCGUUCUCCCCGAGAAAGAAGAAAACAGUCAAGAUGGAAAGUUAAGUACCAUACUAGGACAGAAUUUGUCAGAUGACAGUGAUAGUAGUGAUUUAUUCACCAAGUUUAAGAAAUUACAAAGGCAGCUUGAAUUUUUAGCUGUUCAGGAAGAGUAUAUCAAAGAUGAACAGCGAAAUUUGAAGAAAGAAUAUUUGCACGCUCAGGAAGAAGUCAAACGAAUCCAGAGUGUUCCUUUAGUUAUUGGUCAAUUCUUAGAAGCAGUUGAUCAGAAUACUGGAAUCGUCGGUAGCACUACAGGUUCUAAUUAUUAUGUGAGGAUCUUAUCGACGAUUGAUAGAGAAUUAUUAAAGCCUUCGGCCAGCGUUGCUCUCCACAAGCACAGCAAUGCCCUUGUUGACGUGCUUCCGCCUGAAGCAGAUUCCUCCAUUUCAAUGCUUCAAGCUGAUGAGAAACCAGAUGUUCAGUAUUCGGACAUUGGUGGUAUGGACAUGCAAAAGCAGGAAAUUCGUGAGGCCGUAGAAUUGCCUUUGACGCACUUCGAACUCUACCGCCAGAUUGGUAUCGACCCUCCUAGGGGCGUGCUGAUGUACGGCCCGCCGGGCUGUGGCAAAACUAUGCUUGCCAAAGCAGUUGCUCAUCAUACUACUGCUGCAUUCAUCAGAGUAGUUGGCUCUGAAUUCGUUCAGAAAUAUCUUGGAGAAGGACCGAGAAUGGUUCGUGAUGUUUUCAGACUCGCUAAGGAAAAUGCUCCUGCCAUCAUCUUCAUCGAUGAAAUUGAUGCCAUCGCCACUAAAAGGUUUGAUGCUCAGACUGGUGCAGAUAGAGAAGUGCAGAGGAUUCUAUUGGAACUGCUCAACCAGAUGGACGGUUUCGACCAAACCACGAACGUAAAGGUUAUAAUGGCUACAAACAGAGCAGACACAUUGGACCCUGCUCUGCUGCGACCCGGUAGGCUGGACAGGAAGAUCGAAUUCCCUCUUCCUGACAGGCGGCAGAAAAGGCUCGUCUUCUCCACUAUCACUGCCAAGAUGAACCUCUCCGAGGAGGUUGACUUGGAAGACUACGUAGCCAGGCCGGACAGGGUAUCCGGUGCUGACAUAAAUGCUAUUUGCCAAGAGGCUGGAAUGCAUGCUGUCCGGGAAAAUCGUUAUAUCGUCCUUGCGAAAGAUUUUGAAAAAGGUUAUAAGAACAAUAUUAAAAAGGAUGAGUCUGAACACGAGUUCUACAAAUAAACGUAAUUUAUAUCGUUUGAAGCUUUUUGUUAAUAAUAAUUGUAUUUACAAAUUAUAUAUUUCUUUUAUAACAUAGAUCGGUUUUGUUAUUGUUUCCCUGUCCUACAAAGG